AUGGCCAGCAAGGACGAAGAGGAAGCAAGGCGGCUUCAAGAACGGCUGAUGGCCUUUGCUAGCGGCGGAGGCCUUGCUGGUGUGGUUGCAAGCCUUGCGCUGUGGAGGAAGCGCUCCCUGUACGGCACAUCUGCGAUACCCCGUCUGAUUGUUGGCUCGGCAUCCAGUGGCGCUUGCUAUUCAGUGAUGCGGGAGGUGACACGUGAUGCACAUCCAAACUACACACCUGUGCAAGUUGGAGGCUUGAGCGGCAUGCUCAGUGGUCUACUCCUGGCCAUGUUCCUUGCCUCACGGCUGAGUAAACAUGCGAGGAGGCGCACGAGUGUGAACGUCUGA